AUGCAGAUCGCAUUCCUCUUGUCCCUUACAGCCCUGGCCAGCACCAGCACCGCCCAAUCGGCAGGCUGCAACAAAAAUAUACCCUCCAAAUUCCCAACCCCAGGAACAAGCACGAGCCUCAAACUCCCAGGCUCAGACCGCCAAUACCGACUGUACAUCCCAGCUAACUAUGAGAAAAACACGCCAACAGCACUCUACUUCUCCUUCCACGGCGCCAGCCGCGACAUGCUAGAAGAGGAAGACCUCUCACAAUUCUCCAACCCAAAAUUUAACCCCAACGGAAUCGCCAUCUACCCAGACAGCAAGAAUGGAUACUGGCUCUCCAAUCCAAACGCAGACACAUCACGCCCCAAUGAUCUGGAUUUCACAAACGAUCUCCUAGCCCACAUGGAGGAGAAACUCUGCAUCGACAGGAGCAGAGUUUACUCAGCGGGCAAGUCAAAUGGCGGUGGUUUCACCGGCGUAAUCGCCUGCAAUGCCACCGUCGGAAGCCGAUUUGCUGCCUUCGCAGCUGUCAGUGGUGCAUGGUAUGACACCGACGACAUUGAAGGCGUGGGUCCUUGUGCUCCCGCUGAGCGUGAGGAGGGAUAUCCUUUCCUCGAGUUCCAUGGCACGACGGAUACCACUGCGCCUAUUGAUGGGAACACGAAAAGUAUUCCAAAAUUGCCGGUCAUUGAUAUCCUGCAAGGCUGGGCGAAUCGGAAUGGUUGUGCUGAGAAGGCUCGGUGGGCUAGGAAUGAGACGGCGUUUGAGGAACCGUUUGUUAAGCAUGCUUCUUGGGAUUGUGGUGGCAAGUCAGGUAUUGUGCAGCACUAUCGUGAGGGCGAGAAUGGCCAUUGCUGGCCUAGCACUGUUGGCAAUGAUGACUAUGACCGUCUGGCUAGUCAGUGUCCACUCGGCAAGUAUGUGUUCAAUGCUACUGAGUACAUUUUUGACUUCUUUGCUGGGUAUCGUCUGGGUGCGUGA